GAUGCCACCACUGCGAUAGAUACUAAUACGAUGUACUUGUACAUUGCAAAUUGAACCAGACUUGACUCUGUUUGAAGUACUUUAUUUGAGUUAAACGGUACGAAAAUGGAGAACGAAGACAAUGAAUUAGAACGUGCUUCGUCCUCCCUAUCUAAUGUGGAUCUCAAUGUAGAAGAACUUUCAAUCGAAGAUCCAGGCGAGGAAAGUCCUGGUGAAAAUCAUGCGGAAGUUUCUGACGAGGAGAAAGACGAUACAAACCUUGAACCAAGUUCGUCUGAUUUAAUAGAUGAAGGAAAGACGGAUCGCGAAGAUGUUCAUGACGAAUAUGAAAAUGACGUGGAUGUUAGUCAGUUUAACCCUGACUCAAAUGGAAAUUUUCAACCAAAUAGUUCUUUUGAUCGCACACAUUCAGUUCCAAACUUUUCGGGAAUGCAUAGUUUGCACAAAGUAGACCGAAUAGAAAUGCACCAGAAGACCUUGGAUAUUACAAAUCAAAUUGCGGAGUCGAAUCCGAACUCUGAGACAUCUGGAAAUGCGCAAACUCCUACACCUGCUGGUACGAGUACAGCUGCAUCUGUAAGCGGGCAUGUGAACAAGAUACAGUUGCCGUGGGAUAGAAUGCAUCAGUGGAUCUACUGUAUCGCAGUUGUAACAUUUGACGUCGAAUUAGGGCAGACAAUCGAGCACAUCUACCCACCUCACAUUUCGCUUGAACAGAAGGAGAGGUCAAAUGUGUGCUUCCUCUCCUUCCCAGACUCAAACUCAGGGUGUAUGGGGGACACAGUGUACUCAUUCCGAAUCAGACACUCCUCUCGAUCCACAAACAGACUGAACAACCUACAGAAGCAUCACUUCAAUGUAUACUCAGUCAAUAAGUACCAGGGUUUCCAAGACUACCUCUACGGGGCUGUACACUUCCGUCAAAUGAGGGACACAUCAAUCAAGAGAGGAUACUUUCAGAAGUCAGUGGUGGUGCUUUCCUCUCUGCCCUUCAUCUCUCUGUGGCUGGAAGUGGUGAGAGUGGUGGGCGAUGACUUCUUCCUCAAUGGCGAAGUUUCUUUGGAAGUGGCCUGUCACUGUCUAGACCAAUGGAGUCAUCCGCUGCCUGGAUCACAGCUCCAGCUCCCCCUAAUGGGCAAUGUGUUCGAAGUCACGUUGCCGCAUCAGGGUCAAAUGAGUGUUCACGUGAGCAAAAAUGGGUUCAGUCAACUGCGGGAUGGAACAACACAAGGAAGAAGGUACAGGGGAGAUGCGCGUAUUAGUAGGGUACUGGGAUCAGUAGUUGAUCUGGAUCUGUACGCGUGCUUCCAGACUCUCCUGCCACAUAUGCAACUAAUCUGGGAAUUGGUCCUUCUUGGUCAACCAAUUGUGGUAAUGGGAUCAUCGCCGGACAUUACAUCUCGGAUGGUCUACAUUCUCACUAGCAUAAUUUAUCCGUUCAAAUGGGGAUCAGACUAUCGGCCCUACUUCACAAUCCACGACUCGGAGUUUAAAGAGUUCACUCAUGCUCCAUCAGCCAACAGCAGCAGUUCAAACAGCUCAUCAAACUCAGGUCGAGCAGCAAACACGGUACCUCUUUCUUCAAGUACUGGCCCUCCCAGAAUCAUUUUGGGCGUGACCAACCCUUUCUUCACAAAAACCUUGAGUCACUGGCCAAACUUGAUUAAACUGGGAGGUCUGGAGAAAGAUAAAAAGGGAGGAAGCGACACUUUGAGUCCGGACACUGGGCAGUCUAAAGGUGUGCUGUCCUCCUCGCCAUCAUCAUCUUCAUAUCGACCCUCAUCUUCAUCCACAAAAUCUGUUCGAGUAAUGAAAGCUAGCAAAAAUUCUGCCAAAGUUCUGGACUCUAGGCCAGGUGUAUACACCAAUCACAAACUAUAUCUGGAAAAAGACAGAACGAUGGUAAAGAGACUACUGCGGGCAAAAGAGCAGAGAAAACCUCCCGAGGUACUCUCCAGCUGGAUCCGAAAAUUCUUCAGAGAGCUCACUGAAAGCUUCUCAAUCCCACUGGAACACUAUCUCUCAACGCUCAUGCCAUUGGCCAAGACUGUUUCUCCCUGGAAAGAGUCCCCCCAGCUGAAAUCAUUCGUGGCACAAGACUUCCUCAAACAUAUCGAAAGAGCAGGACCUCAACUCACGUCAGGGCUUAAGGGCGAUUGGGUUGGUCUAUACAGGCAGUUUCUUUCAAGUCACAACUUCAAUUGCUGGCUGUUGUCCAGAAAGACAGAAAUUAACCAAAGACUUCAGCUGGUUCACCUAGAUGCAAUAAGUCAAGCGAAUCUGAGCGAGUGGCUGGACGGGAGAUCUGAAGUGGAGGCAGUUGACCUCCUCAUUAAACUGAAGGAGAAACUGCGACGUCUUUCAGCAGGAGUGCCGACACGACUGCAGAUAGACGAGAACGUUUACAAGCGAAUAUAUGAAAUGAUGCAGGUCGUCGUUGAAAAGCUGCCUCAAGAUCUGAAACAAUCUUUACUGAAUAAUUCUCUAUUCGCAACAGCACAUAGUUUAAGCGGGGAGUCUUCGGCAGAAAUGAGUUCAGAACACAGUUAACGUAAUAAUACAGAGGCUCGCCAACAAUAUUAGUUCAAAACAGGUGCUUUUUAUUGCAACAUACUGUACUGAUUACACUCGAAUGACCUUGAUACAGGAAGACUUAAAAAUCAUAGAUGUUUAGUGUAGAUAAAUUAGAAUUCGUUCGUUCUGUCCUUAUUUAUUUGUACAUGAUAUUUGGACCCUUUUCAGCAGUAAUAAAUUAUAUGAACCCAAAUUACGCCAAGCUGAGCGAGAUUAAAGUAUUUCUAUUUUACAACGUGCAAAUGUUUGAAGAUUCCGAUCGAUGUCUAUCAAUUAUCUUGUCUCAUAGUUUGAACCUUCUUUUAUCGCUAACCAUGGUUUGUAAAGUAGUAAAUUAACUCAACGUGACUGAUAUCUUUUCAGUUUAAAA